ACAACGGCACGACAAACCACAGGUUUAAGCUCUUUCUCUCUCUCUUUUCUGAGCAAAUAUUAGAAUUCGCCAACUAAAGAAAAAUCAAACCCAAAAGUAGCCAAUUCCAAUUUAUUGGGUUUUUUCUCACACAAAGGAAGGAGAGAGAAACUAAGAAACUAAGAAACAAGAGAGAGAAAGUUUCAGGGUCAGGUUCGAGAUCUUUCUCAGAUCCGACCUCAAAAGCUGCAAUGGGAAGAGAAGUUACAGGUGUACGUGUAGAGCAAAUUAAGGCCACUUUUUCCAAGGUUAAGCCAAAAGUUUCUGCCGAUUCAGAACACGAGGCAAAUUUCAAAUCACCUGAAGCAAACAAUGAUUUAAAGGAUUGUGAGGUGAAGGAAUGCACCUCAGAGGUCCCACGUGCUGAAAAUAGUUGUGAAAAGCAGGAGGUUUUGGCCAGCAAGAGCACCAAUUUUGAGCCUGAGAAGCCUGAUACAAAAUCUCCUAAAGCCGAGGAUCAGAAGUUGAGCUCCCCUGAUAAAGCCACAUCUGGAGCACCAGCUGCUGGGAACUUGAGGAUGAAGAACACACCUCAGAAACCUACUGAUGUGACGGUUGAUAAGCAAGUCUCGGAGAGUCCGAGAGCAGUUGAAACUCCUGUAUCCCCGACGCCAAGCAAUUUGAAGUCUCCUAGCUCCUCCAGAAAAUCGCAGCCGACUACCCCGCUUGUGGCAAGGAGACCUUCAGAUGACGAUGACAAUUGGUCCAUGGCGUCUUCAGCUCGAACUACAAGAUCCAGAACUACUGUAGGUGUAGCUCCUACAUUUACCUGUACUGAACGUUUGGAGAAACGAAAGGAGUACUACGCAAAAUUGGAGGAAAAACGCAAAGCUUUAGAGGCAGAGAAACGGGAAUAUGAAGCAAGGACUAAGGAAGAUGAUGAAGCGGCUAUAAAGCAGCUAAGGAAGAGCAUGACGUUCAGGGCUAAUCCAGUUCCCAGUUUUUACCAUGAGAAACCUCCACCCAAGAAAGAGCUUAAGAAGCUUCCGACAACUCGUGCUGUAUCACCUAAAUUUGGACGCAGAAAGAGCUGCAGUGACGCAGUUACCUCUUCUGAGGAUAAUCUAAGUGCGCGAGCAAGAGCAUCAAGGCGCAGCCUAGGCAGUCAGAGGGAAAGCUCGACCCCGACUAGCUCUCUCAAGAAGAAGGAUCCACUAGGUAAGAGCCGUUUGAAGCAAGUGAAAGAGACCACCAAAAACACUGCUCCUAAGAUCACUGAGCAGACGAACCCAGAUAUUGCCGUUCAAUCUUGAUGAUCAGUAGGCUUACUUAUUACCUCUGGUAUUGUGUGGGUCGAGGUUUUCUUAUAUUUCUUGGCUUCUAGCUUCUUUUCUUCUGCUCUUUUUCCUGAAGUAGGGUACCGGGAAGGGGAAGACGAAAAGAAAGCACCUUACAAGGAAAAAGAAAUUGACCUUUCUCCCGUUCUCUUCCAACCGUGAUUAUUUUUCGACUGACUCUUUUUCCAGGGUUUUUUUUUUUUUUGGGUGACAUGUGUUGUAUAUCUUUGUAACUUAUAUUAGUACAUAAUGUAUACCAUUAAAAGAGUCACUAAGUCCUAGUAUUUUCCACUUUGUUUGAUUGUGGGAUUAAUGGGAAUGUGAUCUAACUGUCUGUUAACACAGAAUUAUUGGUUUGAUAUGAUUUUCUGCAUGACUAUUGACUAUCAUGUCAUGUCCCUGUUUUCAACUAUAUGUAUCAUGUUCUUUUGGUGGCAUACUGGAUAUAAUUGUAAUGUACUUCAAGGUAACAAAUAUAGUAGAACUAUUUGCUGAUUUGCGCAAGGUAA